CGUGUGCGUAAUGCAAUAUGCCGGAAUGGGAACCAUGGCUGUCAAUUGCUGUGGGAAUGUUCAUGCGGUGAGCUGCGAGUGCUGAGAGCUGUGCGAAAUUUCGCUGUUUUUGACUCAAUUCCAUGUUUUAAAUGAUUGGUGAAUCAUGAUUGUGGAUUGAUAAAGUUGGAUCCCUCUUGCCUCAACCACCUGUUCAUCGUCUGACGCAACCACGCUUUCGCACCUACCGAUAGAUGACUAGAGGGCGCUCUUACAAUGGCGUCCUUAAACAGGGGAGCCGAGAAGCUGACGCUGAAGAUCUUUCAGCCCAACGGCAGCUUCAACUCCGUCAAAUGCAUGGAGACAACUGACAUCAAGAGUGUCAUCCACGCCGUCGUGGCCAAGCUAGCGAGAGGAGACCGAGCCUUUCAGAGUAGCUUUGCCAUCCGUCUCCAACACACCCACUCAGAAGAAAGCCACUGGCUUCAUCGGGACCUGACUAUUGGUCAGAUCAAGCACAAGUAUGAGAGGAUACACCCAGCGUUGGAAUGGAGGCACGAGCUGCGGAUCCGAUACUUACCCAAGGACUACCAUGAACUCCUGGAAAAAGAUAAGGUCACCUUCUUCUACUUCUAUGAUCAGGUCCGGAAUGAUUACAUGAAUGAGGUUGCAGAGACCGUAGACAUGGACAUGGCUCUACAGCUAGGAUGUCUAGAAAUGAGACGGUUCUUCAAGGACAUGCCUCAGAUUGCGCUGGACAAGAAAGCCAACUUCGACUACCUCGAGAAAGAAAUAGGUCUGAGGAGAUUCAUUCCAAAAUCAGUCAUCGAUAAUACAAAGCCCAAAAACCUACGCAAGUUGAUCCUGCAGUACUUCAAGCAGUUUGCUAAUCUGAACGAGGAGCAGUGUGUCUUCAAGUUCUUUGAAGUCCUGUCCAAAAUCCACCGCUUUGACCACGAGAAGUUCAAGUGUGCCCUGGGGACUGGAUGGAGUAUUUCGGUUGAGUUGGUCAUUGGUCCCGACGAUGGCAUCAGCUGCCUAACAGACAAAGCAUCCGUGCCCACCAAGAUGGCCGAUUUCACCCAGGUCCAGUCGGUGCAGACCUUGGGCGGCGACAUGGAAAACAACAAGAAGGGACUAUUACAACUCAGAAUAUCUGGUGCUAACGAGCCCUUCCCUAUCCCACAAAUCCCUGGUUCUAACGAGGUUGACGCAUGUUCUGUGUACAUUACGACGCCGUCAGUGAUGAUAGCUGAAGACAUGGCUGACUUGAUUGACGGUUACUGCCGGCUGGCUCUCAAGACAGAGAUGUCCGUCAUUGUACGACCUCAGCAAGCUUUUACUGUAGUCCCAAGGGACAAGACUUCAUAUCUCCAAUACACCGCUUCUAUUAACGCCUCCAGGAGAGGAGGGGAUGUGUCUGUAUCACAGGCCACACAGCAAGGCGACAGGGCACUUCCUUCAUUACCGCCAGAAAAUGACCAAGAAACUGUGGAGAACUACACUGAAGUCAAAGUCAGUACAAGCAGGAGGAAACACAUAACGCAGUCAGCCCUAUCGGAUGACUAUGCAGAGAUAAUAGAAGACGAUGACUAUGCCUUACCUGCCGCCAAAGACUAUGAGAUUCCUCGGGACCAGGUCUCUUUAAUCGCUACCAUAGGCGAGGGACAGUUUGGCGAUGUGCAUAAAGGUGCCUUUAAAGAUGAGGAUGGUAACCCAAUUGAAGUUGCCAUCAAAACAUGUAAAGUGGAGAGUACAGAAACGCUUGGAGAAAAGUUCCUUGAGGAAGCAUAUAUCAUGAAGCAGUUUGAUCAUCCUCACAUUAUCAAGCUGAUUGGUGUGUGUACAGAGCCUCCUAUCUGGAUUGUGAUGGAGCUGGCACCAUUCGGAGAGAUGCGAACAUUUCUCCAGGAACAUCUCUCUGAACUGUGUCUGUCCAACCUCAUCUUAUACUGUUAUCAACUCAGUACUGCACUCUCGUAUCUGGAGAGCAAGAAAUUUGUACACAGGGAUAUAGCUGCCAGGAAUGUAUUAGUUGUUGCCAAAGAUAAUGUCAAGUUGGGAGAUUUUGGUCUGUCCAGAUUACUGCAUGACCAUUCAUACUACAAAGCUUCCAAAGGCAAGCUACCCAUCAAGUGGAUGGCGCCGGAAUCCAUCAACUUCAAGAGAUUCACAUCGGCCAGCGAUGUCUGGAUGUUUGGGGUAUGUAUGUGGGAGAUUCUCAUGUACGGUGUCAAGCCAUUCCAAGGGGUGAAGAACAACGACGUCAUUGGCCGGAUUGAGAACGGCGAACGAUUGCCUAUGCCUGCGGGCUGUCCACCUACCCUGUACAGUGUCAUGACGUUGUGCUGGUCUUAUGAGCCGUCUAAGAGACCGACAUUUCAAGACCUCAAGUUGAGACUACAUGAAAUUCAAGACGAGGAGGUCGAGCAGCAGGAAUCGUUGAUGAAGCAAGAGAGACGACGAGUUGCAUCCACCUGGGGCUUCCCUGUCAGUGAACACACUGAGGAACCACCGCCAAAGCCUUCGAGACCGGGCUUCCCAACCUACCCAGGGACCAGCAGUCACCCACCAACCUCCAUAUAUGAGGCUACUGCCAAUCACUACGCAGCCACCAGUACAAUCAAAGGUCCGUACAUGGGCCAUAAACCACCAGAGGAGAUGGCUGCUAUGAUGGCUAGCAGAGCUACGCCAGAUGAGGAACGACAAGAGAUGGAGAGGGAGCAUCAGGAACGUCAGGAAGAGAUGGCGCUGAGCGAGAUGCAGAGAAUAGAAGACAAGAUGAGACAGCAACGGCUAGACAGUGAGGCUGACUCCAAAUGGCUGGCAACCAGCGCACAAGUACUGAGACCGGACGUAAAAGAAAACGACUUUAUUGACCAAGACAGCAGACAAGAGAAUAAUUCCUCCGCUCAUCAGCCUUUGUAUCAGCCCUUCAACCGACCCAGUUCCUACCACCAACCAGCCGACUAUCGCAACCCUGCAGUGGAACCAGCCAAGCCUGCUGAGCCUCCUAGGGCUGAGGAACCACAAACCCCACUGCCAACUGUCCAGGUUGGCCCAACUAUGGAUCUGGACCGAACCAAUGAUGAGGUUUUUGAGAAUACCACCCAGGUAGUACGUGCCGUCAUGGAGAUGGUUAACAUGGUCCAUGCUGUCCGCUCAGACCAGUAUGUCAACCUAGUCAAGGUAGGUGUGUUUGCUUGUUUGUCCAGUCACUAUUAGUACCCAGGUAGUACGUGCCGUCAUGGAGAUGGUUAACAUGGUCCGUGCUGUCCGCUCAGACCAGUAUGUCAACCUAGUCAAGGUAGGUGUGUUUGCUUGUUUGUCCAGUCACUAUUAGUACCCAGGUAGUACGUGCCGUCAUGGAGAUGGUUAACAUGGUCCAUGCUGUCCGCUCAGACCAGUAUGUCAACCUAGUCAAGGUAGGUGUGUUUGCUUGUUUGUCCAGUCACUAUUAGUACCCAGGUAGUACGUGCCGUCAUGGAGAUGGUUAACAUGGUCCGUGCUGUCCGCUCAGACCAGUAUGUCAACCUAGUCAAGGUAGGUGUGUUUGCUUGUUUGUCCAGUCACUAUUAGUACCCAGGUAGUACGUGCCGUCAUGGAGAUGGUUAACAUGGUCCAUGCUGUCCGCUCAGACCAGUAUGUCAACCUAGUCAAGGUCAGUGUGUUUGCUUGUUUGUCCAGUCACUAUUAGUACCCAGGUAGUACGUGCCGUCAUGGAGAUGGUUAACAUGGUCCGUGCUGUCCGCUCAGACCAGUAUGUCAACCUAGUCAAGGUCAGUGUGUUUGCUUGUUUGUCCAGUCACUAUUAGUACCCAGGUAGUACGUGCCGUCAUGGAGAUGGUUAACAUGGUCCGUGCUGUCCGCUCAGACCAGUAUGUCAACCUAGUCAAGGUCAGUGUGUUUGCUUGUUUGUCCAGUCACUAUUAGUACCCAGGUAGUACGUGCCGUCAUGGAGAUGGUUAACAUGGUCCGUGCUGUCCGCUCAGACCAGUAUGUCAACCUAGUCAAGGUCAGUGUGUUUGCUUGUUUGUCCAGUCACUAUUAGUACCCAGGUAGUGCGUGCCGUCAUGGAGAUGGUUAACAUGGUCCGUGCUGUCCGCUCAGACCAGUAUGUCAACCUAGUCAAGGUAGGUG